AUGAAGCUCCUCGCCAUUCCUCUCCUCUCAGCUCUCUCUUCCGCCCUCCCACGCGACCCUCCCCACGAUCUCUCCCCCGCCGGACUCAACGCUCUCUCAUCCAACGCGUCCCUCUUCCCGGCUCCCCUCCAAGGCAUAAACUGCAAAGGCUCUCACCGGUGCCGCGACUGCGGCGUCUCCCUCACCAAGCUCAACGCCAUCCUCCAACGCCUCGACGACGAUAGCCAAAACGAGGACGGCAAAAAGAUAGCCUGCGCCGUGUGCUCACACCCUAGGCACGAUCACUGGGCCUUGUGCGUGUAUCCGCAGCACUUGGGAAAAGGCUGGUUCAUUGAUGGGUGGCUGGUUAAGCGCAAAGUGCAGGAGCUGAUUGAUUUUGGGUGUGGGGCGUGCGGAAGCACGCCAUUGCGGGUUGAUAAUAAUGAUAUCAAGAAGGGCUCAAUCGCUGUGAAUUUUCGUGAGGAUGGAUGUGGCAACGCACUUUGUUGA